AUGCCAUUCCUCCAUGGGGCGGUAGUGAGUGCUGGCCUCAAGUAUCGGUUUAUUAUAGCGGUAUUGCUUGUAUAUAUUCUCUAUUCCCAAUGGCGGCAUAAUAAUGAUCUCUUUUUGAUUAUAGAGAAAGCAGGAAAUGAUUUAACGUUGUGCCAGAACUAUGCUGAAAGUUUGGUGGCAAAAUUGCGAGUCAUCUAUGACCAUAAAAUCAAGAUGGAAAAGCUUUUCAACUCUAAACGGGUGUCUAGUCAAGGGAAACGCAGAGUUGCUGAACGGUUAUGGCAGCUAUGUGAGGAGAACCUAACAUCCAUCACGGCUGAGCUUGAUCAGUGCCGUAGCGGCAAACGCGAUCAGAUUCCUCAUCCAGAUUCACCCGAAACUAUGCUACUCAACCGACUUCAAGGUAAAAUUUAA